AUGGCAGUAAAGUCAUCUACGCCUCUACACACACUCAGGAACCUCAAGGAGGCACCUCACAAGAGGAUCAGGAUCAUCCCGAUGUCCCCCCAGGACGGCAUUCCGUCUCUGCCUAAACGAUUUGCGCAGGUCAAGGCCGAUCUGGUAUCAAGCAAUGAGACAGCGAUUGCGGAGUCAUGGAGUCGUCUCCUUAAGCAACUUCGACAAGAAGUUGCAUCGAUCGCCGAAGCAAAGACCCCUGUCAUACCUACCAUUGAUUUUCAAGAUCUUGAGGCUCCUGCAAAGAGAGAUGCUUUCCUGGAUGACCUAAAAGUUCGAGGCGCAGCGGUGAUCCGAAAUGUUGUCCCGGAAGACGAGGCCCGGGCUAUGAAGAGAGAUCUUGACACAUACAUAGCCGAUAACCCCCAUACCAGAGCGUCGUCGCCGAACGACCCUCAAAUGUACGAGCUUUAUUGGAGUCUUGCCCAGCUCAAGGCUCGAGCACAUCCAAACAUGCUCAAGGCGCAGACAUUCGUUAUGAACGGCUGUUGGCACCACUCGACCCUAGCAGCGACUUCAUCAGACGGUUCCACUGUUGACCACUUGGUGGACUCACGGACACGCAUCACGACGAACUUCCCCGUGGCCUACGCCGACCGCGUGUUCAUAUCCGACCGAAGCCGAAGUCCCCACGAGACUCCAAGGUCCCAGCUCCCUCUACCUGUCACGGCCCAAGUUGACGGCGGAAGUGUCGAACGAUGGGAAGCAGACGGAUAUGGCGGGCGUUCCCAGAAGGCGACAUACCGCGAGAUCUUUAUGGGCCAUUGGGAAGACUGGGACCCCUGGGACAGCAGCACCAGGCUCAACACUACCAGUGACCUGUAUAACGGGGCCAACACCUGCAGUGUCUUCCGCAUGUUUCAGGGCGUCUUCUCCUUGGGCACAAGCGAUUGUCAUAAAGACUCGUCAUCAUCGUACCUGCCAUCACCACCCAUGGCCAUCUGCGCGCUGCCCGUGAGGCUAGUGACUGCCUACUGGCUUCUGAGGCCCUUCUUCUCACCCCGAAAGCCCUGGGUCGGCAAGGGUCAGCGCGCGGCGGACUUUCUCGACCCGUCAAAUUGGGACUUGACCCCGUCGCAGAGCUCCAUCCUCCACGGAGCACAGCCGUGUCAAUCUCAAGAGAUUAACGCCCUGCUCCACCCACACCUCCUCCUCGACCGGACGCUCGUCCCGGUGCCACCUACGGCCGGGCGACUAUGUUUUAUUCCAUCCGGACGUGGCAUACGCCAUGAACCCGUCGCUGCCCACGCCAACGCCCACCACGGCGCAGACUCCUCCCCCAACGCCACAGCGCUCGAGAAGACCAUCGUCUUCUUCCCGGUCACCAUCACCCUCACCAACGCCCUCUUCCUGGCCCGGCAGCGCAAGGCCUUCCUGCUGGGCUUCCCGGGCCCGGACUUCGCCGGCGGCGGCGGCGGCGAGAGCUUCCACAUGGGCCGGCCCGGCGUGCAGGAGGUCAACGAGGCUGGUGGUGAGGCCGCGCUGCGGGCGACGGGCCUGCUGGCGUGGGACGAGGACGACGCCACCGGGGGCGAGGCGGAGCGGCUGGUUCUUGCUACUGCGAAUGGGAUACUGUUCCCGGAUAGCUUUGCGGUCAGGUAA